GUCUGCUUAGGGGUCGAAGAUGCACGUUUCAGCUACCACGCCACACAGCCCAAUAAUUGGCUCCUUUCCCGCCAAUCACAUACGAAACACCCCGAUGCUGAAUUGGGCUCUGAUUUCUGUCUAAAUCUUACAUUAUAGCUUCGUUGCAUUCUACUCCUACUGUCUAAUAUGCGUCUCAAGCUACCCUUUUGCUCCCGCUAGGUAUCGUCGACUCAAUUAUUGUCUCAGGAAUCUUUAAGUUUCGCAUAGUCGACAAUGGAAACACAUCCAGUCAAAUUGGAUUCCACGAAUGGGUUCCAGUAUCAAGAGGAUGCCGCGCGAGAGGAAUUGUUCUCCAAGAUACUGGAGUUUUUUGCAAAUAUAGACGUAUUUAGUUGUUCGACUUCCCCCAGCAUAUUUAUUGUCUAUGCGCAUGAGAAUCCUAAGCUGGAUACGAGGGCCAAUGCCGAAAGCGUCAAGAGACUCAUCGAGUACUUCAGAAGAAUUCAAGCUCGAAUUAUUUCAGACAAGUCUCCGCUACCUCUAUUUGAUGAUCGUGAGGGUGGUUCUGCUGCCACCCGAAACAUCCUCGAUAACCAAUUUUGUCUGCUCCCAGCACCGAAUGAUUCCAAUAACGCCGGCACCAUCAGCGGCGUCGAGAGGGUGGUGGUGUGUAGCUCGGGUCUGCUUAAACGAUACUACGAAGAUGAUUUCACCUCGUCUUAUAUAGGUGCCAUUGAAGCAUCGUAUACCAAGGGACGAACCGCAUCCUUCGUACAACAAUACAAAGAAGGUAUUAGGAAGGUGGUAGAAGACAGUUGCUCCCAUGAUGCUUUUCAUCAUGUGCUUACUGAGCUUGCCUUUCUCAAAAUCAGGAGUUCUCAAAGUCGUAAUAAUCACGAUAUUAUUCCCGUUGCGCUCGAUCAAGAGCCUGUAACGUACCUACCGUUCCUUGACAACUGCGACUUAUUCCUCAAGUUAAAGUCGUCUAAGAAGGUCGACUUACACUGGUUAUUUUUCACGCUACUUCGGCAAAUCUACACCAGCGCGGAUUCACUUAUCAGUAGAUUUAAAGACUGUUAUGAUGCAGCUAUGGGACGACUAAACCUUGAGGCUGCAAGAUAUAGGGGAAUGACACAGGAAAGAGUAAUGGCAGUUGGCUCGGACGAGAUCCGCAAGGCAGCAGAUGACCUGGGGCGGAUUAAUAGUGCUGCAUUACGGAAUUUAAUACAGAAAGGUCUAUUUAAAGGCAGUAAGUCGUCGCAUAUCCUUAGUCUUCUCGAUGCUUACUUCAAUUCAACUACAGUCUUGUCCCACGCAGAUGAGAUAUCUCAAACAGAUAAAAUGCGCAAACGUGACCUCUUCCUUCGCGAACUCCCCAGCUUACCAUACCGAGAUCGUAAGGAUAGAAACCGUGAGCGAAUAGAGGGAACGUGCGAAUGGUUCACAAGUCAUGAGACAUUUCGAAAAUGGCGAUGCGGCCAAACGUUGAGCUUACUCUGGAUAUCCGCAGAUCCAGGAUGCGGGAAAUCAGUUUUGGCGAAGCAUUUGGUGGAUAACGUCCUUCCAACUACCAGUACGAGAUCCACAUGCUACUUCUUCUUCAAAGACGAUUUUGAGGAUCAGAGGAGUUUAGAAGGCGCUGUACGUUGUCUAUUGCAUCAACUCUUCCUUCAGAAGCCUGCUCUUCUUACCGACGAGAUUGUCGAUAAAUUCGCCCAUGACAAGCAACUUUUCUCUUCCUUCUCUAGACUUUGGGAUAUUCUUACGAGUGUUUCAUACCAUAACGAUGAUGGAGAGAUCAUUUGUGUUCUCGAUGCCCUAGAUGAAUGCGAAGAUACUACCCGCCUAACUAAGGCCUUAGAGACGCUCUACAAGGAUGGAGCAGGCGAAUCCUCCCUCAAAUUUCUUUUAACUAGUCGACCAUACAACCAUAUUCGACGCGGAUUCCAGCUCCUUGAGAACCGGUACCCCGAAAUCCACUUAAAUGGAGCGAAUGAAGCUGAAGUCGAUAAGAUCGCAAAGGAAAUUGAUAUUGUUAUCAAAACUAAUGCGAAGGAAACCGGCGAACGUCUUAACCUUGAAGAAGAAGAAGUACAGCUCCUUGAAGACGAACUUACCCGUAUCCCACACCGAACUUAUUUAUGGGUUUACCUUGUUUUCGACGUUAUAAAUAACAGCGAAGGAAUUACAAAAGGGCACUUGAAAGCAAUUAUUCACCAACUUCCGAAGACAGUCGAGACAGCAUAUGAGAAGAUUUUAUGCGGAAGCGCCGAUAUUGUAAAAGCCAGGAGACUUCUUCAUAUCGUCGUUGCGGCAGAGAGACCACUGUCGUUGCAAGAAAUGGCAAUAGCGCUGGCUAUCAGAGAAGAACACGAAUCCUACAGCGAACUCGAGCUCGAGCCAGAAAAUCGCUUCCGCGAUACAGUCAGAGGACUUUGCGGGCUGUUCGUUACUAUCGUACAUUCUAAGGUUUAUUUGCUACAUCAAACAGCCAGAGAAUUUUUGGUUUACCACCAGCACAAGCUCACUCCCACCAACACCAAAUGGCAAAACUCAUUUCAUCCCUCAAAAUCACAUCGUGUACUUGCAGGGAUAUGUAUCACUUAUCUCUGUUUUCCGAAUCUCAAGGCUUCAGGCGAAGGUGGUCUCCCAGUCUUUGUGGAUUAUGCUGCAAAUAAUUGGCACGCUCACUUCCGUAUGGCCUCUAAUCAGAAUACGGGAAAGAUAGAGUGUCGUGCAAAAUUGCUUUGCAGUAGCAACAGGCAAAACUAUAACGACUGGUUCAGAAUUUACUGGAACAGGAGACGAUAUUACGGAGGAAAUGAGGUCCCGGAUAGGUUAUCUUCGUUAAUGAUAGCAUCGUUACUAGGACUAGAGAAGGUUGUUUGUAUGCUAUUAAAAGAGAAGGGUUUGGACUUCGACGCACGAGACGAUAAAUAUGACCGAUCUGCCUUAUUCUGGGCUUGUACGGAGGGAUACGAGGCUGUCGUGGAGAUCCUCUUAAACUUCGACACUAAGAAACGUGGCGGGAUUUUUGCAAGGAAGUCCCCCAGUCUUGAUCUGAAAAAUAAAUAUGGCUGGACUCUAUUAUUGGAAGCAACUAGCAGAGAUUACGAAGGAAUGGUAAAGCUACUACUUGAAAAGGGUGCUGACAUUAAUCUAAAAGACAAAUUAAACAAGUCGGCGUUAUAUAUAGCAGCAGAAAGAGGCAAUGAAGGACUGGUAAAAUUAUUACUUAAAAAGGGGGCUAAAAUUGAUUUAAAAUUUAAACGGUACUUGUCGCCAUUAGAGGCGGCGGCGAGGGGGAACCAUAAAGCAAUACUACGACUGUUACUCGAAAAAGGAGCUAAAAUCGAGGCCCUCGGAUUAUAUGGCCAGACGCCUUUGCUUUGCGCGGUACUUGAAGGCCAUGAGAAUAUUGUACAACAAUUACUCGAAAAAGGAGCUAAGAUUGAAAUCUGUGGCAAUGAUGGCUGUACGCCGUUACGGAGGGCAGUAUCCAGAGGAAACGAAAACAUAGCACGAUGGCUAGUCGAAGAAGGAGCUAAUAUCGAAAUCUGUGACGAUCGUGGCCGUACGCUGUUAUCAGUGGCAGUAUCCAGAGGAAACGAAACGAUAGUACGGUUGCUACUUGAGAAAGGGGCGAAAGUUUGGCCCGAUGAUGAAUUGAUAGCCAGAAUGGGAGGUCACAAGGAGAUAAUACAGCUACUCGAGGAGGCUGAGACCAUGUAA